UUUAUCACGGAAGUGACACAACUGGCAGAGGAGACAUUUUGGUGGCCAACUCACGACGCACCCCCUGGUACAGACUACACGUACAGCCUGUGUGAAGAAUAAUUUUGAGACCGAAUAGAAUUGGAACAUUGCGGAGUUUUCAUUGUUAGCCUUUCCGCACACAGUCUGAUCAGCAGGUGGUGGUUAUUUGAUAACCAUGUUGGAGUAUGACAUGUAUGGAGACCCCGAGGAGGUGGAGCCAUGUCCCUAUGACAAGUCACACAUGAUCCGGCGCAAACGUAUGCAGUACCAUCUCAUGAAAUGUAGAAAGAAUCAUACAUCUAAGGAAUUUGCAACAUGUCCUUUCAAUGCUCGUCAUGAGAUGCCUCGUCCAGAACUGAGGUUCCACAUCACAACCUGUCCAGACAAGGCUGUCAUUGAGAGGGAAAUUGCACACAACCAUGAGUUACAAAGUGAAGAAGCUGGCACUUUCAAGGGCUGUACAGAUGUCCCAGCGUACAACCAGUAUGAAAUAUCAUGUUCAGAAAGCUGGGAUGAAGAUGUGAAUCCCCAUCCAAGAAUUGGCGUCAACCCAGAGUUCCUUGAUAAAGUCAAGUUCAAGAACAUCACAGGAAUGACUCCCGCUGAGAAGCGGUCCUUUCACAGACGCCUGAACCCAGAGCAUGAAGAGCCAGUAGUUCCUGCACAGCAGAACAAAGAGAACCAGGUGCCCAACCCUGAUGGCAAGCUCCGCCUCCCCAAAAACAAGCCUCAAGCCUUCAGCAUGUACCAGUCUGCCGCCCCAGCACACAGUCAGCAGGUGCCCUCCACUGUCUUCGCCUACUCCUUGGCUCAGAGUGGGCUAGGCCGGGGCCGGGGAGUUAAAGGUGUCAGUGCCCCUCGUCCUGGUAUCAGCACCUCGUCAAUGGGAAGAGGCAGGGCUGUUGUCAGCAUGGCCCCACAGCCAGUCAGACCGUCGGCUCACAAACCUGUGUCCCAAGGCGUCCCAGCACCAGCCCAGCAGGCUGAAGUUCCUAAUGUAAAAAUCCCACCCUCUCAGCCAGUCCCCCAACCUCAAAUCAACAUUCAAGUUCCAGUUGGAGCGUUCCCUGACCAGACGCGUGUCAAGCCUGUAGGGCGGGGGAGGCGUGUUGGUGCCCCACCUCCAGCAGCCUUCUAUGCUGGUCUGGGUGGUGGUGACUCACUGCUGACUGGCGGCGUUAAUGGUAUUACAAGGGAGAGUUCAGCAGAGGCCAGUAACUCUAGUCAGUUUUGUGACUGGCCAUCCUUAAACCUUGGAAGCAAGAGCAAUGGAGGAUCGUUAAAGAUCGGUCAUGGCAGAGGAUCACCCAGAGGUGCUGAUCCCGUCUUUGUUGUGCCGAGAGUUCCUGCUCACAAUGGCAAUGUGAAGAUACCUGCCAAAGACUGGUUUGAUUCUGCUGGCAGCAGCUCUGGAUCUGGGACUGAUACACCAGUUGAUACUCACGGAAUCGAAGGUGCUAAGAAGAAGAAACAGUUAAUGAAAAAGAUUCGCCAGAUAGAAGCCCUGGAAAUGAAGAUGCAGUCUGGCCAGACUCUCAGUACAGAGGAGGAGGUAAAGAUUUCGAAGAAAGAUGAACUUGAAGAACAACUGCAGGCACUGAGUAUUUGAAGCCAACAUGGAACAGAAGCCUGAUUAGUAGCUGGACGCCUGACCAGAUGACUAAAGACUAAUCAGAUGACGAGCCUGAUGGCGAGUCUAAAGACUAAUCAGAUGACGAGCCUGAUGGCGAGUCUAAAGACUAACCAGAUGAUUUGUCCAAAGACUUCUGCCAAUUGUGUGCAAUUGUUAGUAGUUAUACUUGCAAGGUUAUCAGUUUUAAUGAAUGCUAUACAUUGUUCUUUUACCUCUUAUCAGUUGACUAGUCACAUGUAUUUAGCUCACUGUGAUGCUUGUGACAAAUUUUAUCAUUAUCAAUACUGGGAUUAUAUGUCCAGUUUUUAAGACCUAUAUCACUCAUACACUUGUCUUUACCAGCAAUAUAUAAUGUAUCCCAUUUUUAAGACUUACCCAAUACAUCUUUUAUGAGGUAUAUUCCAGUAUCUUAAGUAUUUAUAUGUUUAUAUACAUUUAUAGAGGAUUAGAUGGCCAUAUAUCCCCUUAUUCUUAUUUGACAUCUACGGUAUACUGACAGCCGGUAUACAAUAUAGAGAGCCCUUGUUAUACCACAGAGGGAAGGGGGGAGAUGUAGCUGGUGUCAGAAUAUGUAUCACAUAAUUAAAUAGAAUUACCUAUAACCUUUCUGUAUGUAUGAAUCAUGGCCAUGUUUUAACCCUUUUACUUCCAACUGUAUGUUUUGUCACAAUUAAUAAUAUUCUUUUUGGUUUGAAGAGCACUGACCAUGAACUAAUGUAAAUAUCAGAUCAAAUGAAACCUUUAAGAUUUUAUACAUUGAUGCAGACUUUAAUCCUUGAUGUGUUUCCAUGGAAAGUUUUAAAUCACAAUUUUACUGUUUGUAACGUCCUGUGGAAAAAACAAACACGAUGACUCCAAAUGUGAGUGUAAUAAGC